CAUUUAAUUUUGUUCUCCGAAAACCACCGUCUUCCGGCUAAUAGCAUCGGACUUCUUGUUAAUUGGUCUUGCACUUUCUAAUUAUUAAUACGGUGAUAUAGAAACUCUCCUAAGGAAAUGCCAGAAAUAAGAAUCGUUAAGGAAAAAAGGAAAUGUCUGAGUUAUUAGACCACUUUGUACCUAUAUAAGUGAUCAACUUUUAUCGGAUGUUGUCAAAAAAUCUGAAGACACGUUCGAGAUCAUUAACGAUCUUUAAGUUCAAGUCUUGGAGGUGUCAACGAUCAGUAGUCACCAGACGUUCGAGCAAUUCGAUUCGACGUUCUUCAUUCGCACACACUUGACAGGUUUUAAUAAUAUCAAAAUGGCAUCUAUAAUUUCGUCAAUGCUAUUGUUGAUAAUAUUAUCAACAAUGACCCUUGGACAACAAUCUAAACCUGGUGCAUGUCCACCACGAACACCAUUUAACAUUCGUAGAAAUCUUUGUAACGCUGAUACGGAUUGUAGAGGAGCUGAAAAAUGUUGUCUUACGAGUUACAAUGGUAGAAUUUGUGUGAUGCCCAUUACAGAAACCAUUAACAUUGUAAAACGAGGUAAUUGUCCGGUUAGACCAACUGGACGAUGGAUUUGUACAUCAACUUGUCGAUCGGAUGGCGAUUGCAGAGGAAUCAAAAAAUGUUGCAAAAAUCGAUGCGGUGCAUUAGCUUGUCAAAAUCCCGAAGUUGAAUAUGAUCCAAUUGCAUUGGAAGAUUCACAACCACCUAUGGUGUUUUAUGGCGAUACUUCGUAACGAUUUAAAAUUAAACGUUUAAGUAAAAUUUCGUUAAACUUAUUUUAUUAUUAGUUUUAUCGUACGUGCCAUAUAAGCAAAAUUUAGUAUAAUUAAAAAAUAUGUUAUGAGACGACAUGUCAAUUCAUUGAAUUAUGAAGUGUGAUUGAAAGGAACACUUGUAACAUUAAUCAACCGAUAUUUGACGUAUCUCUGUAAUGCUAUUUAAUUUGUUUUACAAUUAGUAUUUCACAUUUCUUUACAAUAACAUUACUAUUUAAUAUAAUAUUAUAACA